UCCGAGUAGGAAUGGUUUAUAACGAGGGUCACCACUGUAGCUAUCAGCCUGGGCCUCGACCUUUUUUAGUUGGAUUACUUACAGUCUAAGCCUAUUUUGGGGAAUUUGAAUUCAAGAGCGAACUAAGCCUUGCUUUAAGUAAAGCAUGGGGAACAUAUUGCGAAGAGGUGUUCAAAAUUAUAAUGUUGAGAACCGAGCGCAUCGGGUAUUGGAUCGAAAACCAAAAGCUGCCCCAAAGCACCCUGGGAGCCGUGACACACAGAAAGAUUCCAAGUUACCUCCAAUAGAAACUCUUCAAAAGAAAGAUGUAAAUUUGUUGAACAUGCUGCAGGGAAUAAACGUUGAUUCGUCUGGCUAUGACCCAGAGUUUGAAAAGUCAAAGGAGAUUGGUUCAAGGCUGAUGCCAACUGAUCGACAGCAAAAACCCGAGCAAACCGAGCUGUGGGAAAACAUUGAACACGUACCCAAAGGACGGUUAACGGUACAGCAGGCACUGGAGUUACUCGCAAAGCACCAGAGAAACAGAAACGAGUGGCCAGUCGAAAGAUUAGCUCAGGAAUACUCACUGAAUCCGAUUGAUACUCAGAACAUUGUUGAGUAUUUUCAGUCUUUUAAGGUGAUAUCAAUGGAGUCCAAAGAUUCACUACCGGGCAAUGAAAGGAAACAAUUGACCACUUGACUUUUAUGACUGUUUAUUGGAUUA